AAACCAAUGAGCCAGGCCAACGUGCAAACAACGAGGACGGGGAGUUUAUACAUGUUUGAUGUAUAGUCAACCAAACAAAGCCAAUAGAUGUGCUACCAACUAUGACUCGUUUUCUAUUUAAGUUGUCUUCACCCCAACUUGUUGAUAGCUUGGUACUCACGACCAACUACUCACAGUCACUCCCAAUAUCAGAAUUGUUUUAACCAUGGUCCGCUUGAUCUCCGCUCUCAUGGCGGCAGCUAUGCUGCGUGAAGGAUUCGCUGCACCGGCUGCCCCUAACAACGCUAUUGAAGAACGUCAAUUCCCAACUGGCAAGGGCAGCGGUGUCCCUACCGGAUCUUUCCCCAUCCCUACCGGAUCAUUCCCUGGUUUUCCUGUUCCGACAGGCAGUUUCCCUGGAUUCCCAAUUCCCACUGGCUCUUUUCCCGGAUUUCCUGUCCCUACUGGAAAGGGAGUCCCAACGGGUCGCCCACUACCGCCACGAGGUGAUGAAGACCUUGUUGUAGAGCGCGCUGAAGCCACGCCCACUGGCAAGGGCAAAGGAAAGGGUACCGGCCGCCCUACUGGUCUCCCAGUCCCAACUGGAAAAGGCAAGGGAACUGGCAAGCCCACCGGGAAAGGACCAAAGCCCACCGGAGGAUUUGGUAUUCCUCCGGAGUAAAAAGGAUGCAAGCGCAGCAUAUUGUUGACCGAUGAUUGUGGCUAUUGCGGCGCGGUCACAAAGGGUUUUCGGGUGGCGAACCAAGGCAGAGCUAGGCGAUUCAAUUCAUCCAGUCACUAUAUAGCAGCGCCAUAUGUGGCAGCUUUCCUCACUUCUUUUCGAGAUAAUACAAAAUUCGACCCCUAUCUAGUUAUAUAUCGCACAAGCAAAUUGAAGCAGUAUACCAUGA